UCUCAGUCAGAAGGCUGGGCGGGGUCAGGCGACGACUGCCCCCUAGCUGGAAGGCGCAUUGCCUCCUACCCUGUGGCGUCCCCUCUGCCCCGGAGGAGAGGGCACUGUAUCUCGGGUAACAAUGGAGCCCGCGGCGCGCGACGGGCACCCGGGCACGCCAGGCGCCCAGCCGCGCGCCCCGAUACCCAGUAGGGAAGCCGGGUGGUUCUGCAGCCCAGCCUCUCCCGCGCGAGUCUUCUGACUCGGCUCUACGUGGCAGCAACACGGGGUGCGUCCCCCACCCCAGCCGAGGUUUCCCCAGCCCCUUAGGGACUCGCCCACAGAGCCCGGGGCGCCCUGCUGCUCCUGCCCCAGGUCACGACCCCGCCGCCGCGAGCGCCUCCCGGGGGUUCGGAGUUGGGAGAAGCCGCCACCACCUCCCGGGCGCGCCGCCUGCCUCGGCGGCAGAGCCCGAGAUCCUGGGCGAGCUGCUCAGCUCUCCCCUGGAGCCCGAGCGAUCACGCCGAGGUGGGCUAGCCCGACCCUGGCGCUGCCAAGACCUCGAAGCCCCCUCCCAAACACACCCGCUCUCCCGCCCUGGGCAGAUCCCCCGGCGUCUCCCUUCACCGGGGAGAGCCCUGCAGGGCCUGCGGAGAGACGGACAGACGGAUGGGGAACGCACACGGAGGGAAACUUGUUCCUCCGGGUCUCCUGUCAGGCAAUUGCUGGCGAGCCCGUGCGGGGAGAGGGGCGGGAGGAAGGGAGGGAAGGGCUCCAGAAGGGGAGGGGGCGGAGGAGGUGGGGGAGGCGGGGGUGCAGUUGGUGAAACUCCUCCGUCUCCCGCUCAUCUUUUCAUUGCUUGCUCCUCUCCUCCGUGCAGACACCCCGGACCUCCCCUGGGCGCCAGCUCCUCGGCCCCAACGGGUCCAGAAACAAGCCGGAUUUUUUUUCUCUCUUCUUUCUGGAAAUUGGCGUUGGUGUGUGUUUCCCUACCUCCCUCUUCCCCCCUCCCACUCCCCCCUUUUUUUUGAGACAUGGCCCGGGCAGUGACUCCUGGAAGAGGAACAAGUGUGGGAAAAGAGAGAGGAAACCGGAGCUAAAUGACAGGAUGCAGGCGACUUGAGACACAAAAAGAGGAGCGUUUCUCUCGGAUCAAGGCAGUGCCUCGCCGCUUUCCUUUCUCCAAGACGGACUGAGGAUUUUACAGCUCUGGGCGGAGUGGAAACGCUCCGGAUUGUGGAGAUCGCCCCGGCGCUCUGUUUUCCCCGCACGUUCGGUUCUCCCGCGCCUGCCCGAGGACCCGGCGAAGGGAGGAUGGAGAGGGGGCUGCCGCUCCUGUGCGCCGCGCUCGCCCUGGCCCUCGGCGCGGCCGGCGCUCUUCGCAACGAUAAAUGUGGCGAUACUAUAAAAAUUGAAAGCCCCGGGUACCUUACAUCUCCUGGUUAUCCUCACUCUUAUCACUCAAGUGAAAAAUGUGAAUGGCUGAUUCAGGCUCCAGAACCAUACCAGAGAAUUAUGAUCAACUUCAACCCUCACUUCGAUCUGGAGGACAGAGACUGCAAGUAUGACUACGUGGAAGUCAUCGAUGGAGAAAAUGAAAAUGGACGUUUAUGGGGGAAGUUCUGUGGAAAGAUCGCCCCUUCUCCUGUCGUGUCUUCAGGGCCGUUUCUCUUUAUCAAGUUUGUCUCUGACUAUGAGACACACGGCGCAGGAUUUUCCAUACGUUACGAGAUUUUCAAGAGGGGUCCUGAAUGUUCCCAGAACUACACGACACCAAGCGGCGUGAUCAAGUCCCCCGGAUUCCCUGAAAAAUACCCCAACAGCCUAGAAUGCACUUAUAUUAUCUUUGCACCAAAGAUGUCGGAGAUUAUCCUGGAAUUCGAAAGCUUUGACCUGGAGCCGGACUCGAAUCCCCCAGGGGGGAUGUUCUGUCGCUAUGACAGGCUAGAAAUCUGGGAUGGAUUCCCCGAUGUUGGUCCCCAUAUUGGGCGCUACUGUGGGCAGAAGACACCAGGUCGAGUCCGCUCCUCAUCCGGCAUCCUGUCCAUGGUUUUCUACACGGACAGCGCCAUAGCCAAAGAAGGCUUCUCGGCAAACUACAGUGUCUUGCAAAGCAGUGUUUCAGAAGACUUCAAGUGUAUGGAAGCUCUGGGCAUGGAGUCAGGAGAGAUUCACUCUGAUCAGAUCACAGCCUCCUCCCAGUAUAGCACCAACUGGUCCGCAGAGCGCUCUCGUCUCCACUACCCCGAGAACGGGUGGACUCCUGGAGAGGAUUCCUACAGAGAGUGGAUCCAGGUAGACUUGGGCCUUCUGCGCUUUGUCACCGCUGUUGGGACACAGGGAGCCAUUUCCAAGGAAACCAAGAAGAAAUACUACGUCAAGACUUACAGAAUAGACAUUAGCUCCAAUGGGGAAGACUGGAUCACCAUAAAAGAAGGAAAUAAACCCGUUAUCUUUCAGGGAAACACCAACCCCACCGAUGUGGUGUUUGGAGUUCUCCCCAAACCACUGAUAACUCGCUUUGUCCGAAUCAAACCUGUGACCUGGGAAACUGGGAUAUCUAUGAGAUUUGAAGUCUACGGCUGCAAGAUAACAGAUUAUCCUUGCUCUGGAAUGUUGGGUAUGGUGUCCGGACUUAUUUCCGACUCCCAGAUCACAGCGUCCAACCAAGGGGACAGGAAUUGGAUGCCUGAAAAUAUCCGCCUGGUGACCAGCCGCUCUGGCUGGGCGCUGCCCCCCGCCCCCCACCCGUACGUGAACGAGUGGCUCCAGGUGGACCUGGGAGAGGAGAAGAUCGUGCGGGGUAUCAUCAUUCAGGGGGGCAAGCACCGGGAGAACAAGGUGUACAUGAGGAAGUUCAAGAUCGGCUACAGCAACAACGGCUCCGACUGGAAGAUGAUCAUGGACGAUGGCAAGCGCAAGGCCAAGUCUUUCGAAGGCAACAACAACUACGACACACCUGAGCUGCGGACGUUUCCACCCCUUUCCACGCGAUUCAUCAGGAUCUACCCGGAGAGAGCCACCCACGGCGGCCUGGGGCUAAGAAUGGAGCUGCUGGGCUGUGAGGUGGAAGCACCUACAGCCGGACCGACCACUCCCAACGGGAACCUGGUGGAUGAAUGUGAUGACGACCAGGCCAGCUGCCACAGCGGAACAGGUGAUGACUUCCAGCUCACAGGAGGGACCACCGUGCUGACCACAGAGAAGCCAACCAUCAUAGACAGCACUAUACAAUCAGAGUUUCCAACGUAUGGUUUUAACUGUGAGUUUGGCUGGGGUUCUCACAAGACCUUCUGUCACUGGGAGCAUGACAGUCACGUGCAGCUCAAAUGGAGCGUGUUGACCAGCAAGACGGGGCCAAUUCAGGAUCACACAGGAGAUGGCAACUUCAUCUACUCCCAAGCCGAUGAGAACCAGAAGGGCAAAGUGGCCCGCCUGGUGAGCCCUGUGGUUUACUCCCAGAACUCCGCCCACUGCAUGACCUUCUGGUACCACAUGUCUGGUUCCCACGUGGGCACGCUGCGGGUCAAGCUGCGCUACCAGAAGCCCGAGGAGUAUGACCAGCUGGUCUGGAUGGCCAUCGGACACCAAGGGGACCACUGGAAAGAGGGGCGGGUCCUGCUCCACAAGUCUCUGAAACUUUACCAGGUGAUUUUUGAGGGGGAGAUCGGAAAAGGCAGCCUUGGCGGGAUUGCCGUGGACGACAUCAGCAUCAGUAACCACAUUCCUCAGGAGGACUGCGCCAAACCGGGAGACCUGGAUAAAAAGAACCCAGAAAGUAAAAUGGAUGAAACAGGGAGCACCCCGGGAUAUGAGGGCAGGGGAGAGGGCGAUGAGAACAUCUCCAGGAAGCCGGGCAGCGUGCUGAAGACCCUGGACCCCAUCCUCAUCACCAUCAUCGCCAUGAGCGCCCUGGGGGUCCUCCUGGGGGCUGUCUGCGGGGUGGUGCUGUACUGUGCCUGUUGGCACAACGGGAUGUCCGAAAGAAACUUAUCUGCCCUGGAGAACUAUAACUUCGAGCUGGUGGAUGGUGUGAAGUUGAAAAAAGACAAACUGAAUCCACAGAGUACUUACUCGGAAGCCUGAGGCAGCGGAGGUGGCAGGCGAGUGGGAGAGCGGAGCGGAGGACAGAGCUUGAGCGGCUGGGAAACGGCUGGUCUUUCACUGUUCAGGCUGGGAAGCGCGUUGAUGACGCCAAGCCAGGUUUUCUCAGGAGCUUCGAUGAGUUUGGCCGACAGACAUGAACGACUUAGCCGUGUUAACAAUCGGAGUCAUGUACAGUCAGCUUCUUUCUGUUGGUUUCAUUUGAAUAAUCAGACGCUGGUGUGGAGACCAAGGAUGAUCGACCUAAUUCCAUCUGACUCCCCUUCCCCUUCUUCUCUCUCUGCUUCUUCUUCUGGAUUCUUUUCGGAAACUGUGCAAAAUCUAAGAUGCUGGCGCCAAGUGUAUUCCGUGGGGCCCCUUCAACGGACAUGCUACCUGCAGCCCAGUGCCCAGAAUAUCUUCGACUAACUGCAUUUCCGUGGACUCCUGAAGCCAGCCUCGUGUAUAAUUGCCCGCGUCGUGCAUAGGCAAGAAGGACUAGGAUGUUUUCUUUCAAGUACCGUAGCCUCAGUACCAGUCUAGUGUGACAGCUCUGUUUACGAAGCAAUACCGUCCGAUUUCCUCGAUGUUUUCCAGUGUUGUACUAAACCUCGUGCUGUGAACUCCAUACAGAAAACUGUGCCAUCACCGAACACUGCUGGCAACUGGGUGUGCAGCCGACAACCGCAACGAAAAAUCCUUGGCACUGGCUAGUCUACGUCCUCUCAAGUGCCUUUUUGUUUGUACUGGUUCUUAUUGUGUUACAUUAACCCGCCCCGCUUUCUUGCCGGUGAAAGCCCCCCUUCUCUAAUCAACCCUGGUGGCCCACUGACUAAGAAGAAAGUAUAUUUUAGUGUGAGAUGUCAGCCUCCGGGAAGGCAAGGGCUCCGAAGAUAUGGCAACGUGGCUUACUUGUUCCGCUUUUUUCUGUAGUUCAAUUUCAUGUCUCUUGACCCUUUUGUAUAAAGCUGCAAUAUCCUCUCUUACUGUUCUUUCACAUGGAAUGUAUUUUCAAAUGUAAACUCUCUCUCUCCUAGCUCUCCGUCUUUUUUCUCUCUUAGGAUUUAAGCAUUUGCCAUUGUCCAGAAAAGAAACUUGCAGCUUUAACGUGCUGGUAAUGGCAAACAAUUUUACUAGACUUUAUGUUGGAAAAUACAGAAAUAAGGGAAAUUCCUAACUUUGCCCUCCAAAGUCUAACUUUGGUUUCCUUGUUAACUGGUUAAAGUGACAGUAUCUUUUUUCCUUCAGCCAUUUAUCUGUCCAUUCCAACCAAAAUCAUCUUUGAUGGAAAUGUUGGCAUUGAAUAGAAACCGUGGUAAGUGGAGGGAAGACAUAAUACUAAUUGGCUUCCAAGUGGGAACCCAAAGGAAUACAGUUCUCCCCAAAAUUCCAAAGCAUGAGAUUUUUACAUCCACAGACACAAAAAUGACCCAUGAGGACCUUCUUGUUUUGAUAUUGAGUCAGACAAGGGAAGUGCAAGAAAGGACAGUUAAUUUAAGAAAGUCCUAUAAAUCCUGGUUCCUGGGGAUGAAGUAUUUUAAGAUAAGAGAGGGGAAGAGAACGAGUAAAGUCAAAACAAAUGGGGUUUUUUUGGUUUUGUUUUGUUUUGUUUUUAGAGCCGCACCCACGACAUAUGGAAGUUCCCAGGCUAGGGGUCAAAUCACAGCAACGCCAGAUCUGAGCCACAUCUGCAACCUACACCACAGCUCAUGGCAACGCCGGAUCCUUAACCCACUGAGCGAGGCCAGGGAUCGAACCUGCAACCUCAUGGUUCCUAGUCAGCUUCGUUUCCGCUGUGCCAUGAUGGGAGCUCCGAAACAAUUUUUUUUUUUUUUAAUCCAUUUAGCAAAAACCUUGAAAAAACAGAGUUGAAGAAUGCUCUAGAAACGUCCAGUGGCUCACCAAGGAAAAGCCCCCCUUGGGGCUGGCAAGACCUUAGCCUCUAACAGCACAGAGAAGUAAAUACCUUUAUCAGGCCACACGUGAAUUAGCCCAAAGAACCUUUGGUGGCUUUCGGUGUGUUUCUGUCAUGCCAUGUUGUACGUGAGAACUUCCUCUGUUCUGGCACUGCUGUGGGUCUCUCACAUAUGUUUGUGGGAGUCACAUUUGCAUCAUGGAGGGGAAAGUCCAUUCAUCCUGGUUUAAUUGAAUUGAGAAUGCCUUUUGUUUCCAGGAAAGUAUUGAUCCCUAGGAAAGAGGAAUAGAUUCUUAUCCCCAGAGGCAUCUCUUCAGCCCUUAUAAUCCUACCAGGACGAAAGCACUAAGGAAGACUUGAUUUUUUUUUUUUUUUUUUUUUUUUAAGGCAACAGACUUAAAGUUGUCCUCAGCCAAGGAAAAAUGAUACUGCAACUUUAAAUUUUAAAGUAUCUUGCACUGAUAAAUAUAUUUAAAAAUUAUAUGUUUAUAAAGUUAUUAAUUUGUAAAGGCAGUGUUACAAAAUGUUCAGUUUAUAUUGUUUUAGAUUGUUUCGUAAUUUUAAAAGGUGUGAAAUAACAUAUUUUUUUCCUUUAUUGAGAUCUAUAAAACUUUCUGUAGUAAAAUGUUUUCAUUUUACUGAUAUAUUAUUGCUUCAUGUUUUGUACCAUCAUAAAAUUUUGUGCAAAUUUUUUUUACAGAAAUUUUUAUUUUCUAUGACAAUAUGACACUUGUAAAUUGUUUCAAAAUGAACAGCGAAGCCUUAACUUUAAAUGACAUUUGUAUUCUCAGACACUGAGUUGCAUAAAAAAAAAAAAAAGCAUAGAACUGAACUGUAACUUAAAUUCCAAACUAUGACUACUACAUUCCAAAGAAACAGUUGAAUUAAACAUUUUCAUAAAAUA